AUUCCGGGCACGAAAGAGUGCUUUAUUGACGUCACCACGCUACGGGGGUUGGGCUAAUGGGAGAUAUCGCGCGCAACAGUAGAGGAGCGCGUGUGAACAACGAUGGCGGAGAGGAAAAUGCCGAACAUCAAGAUUUUCAGUGGCAGCUCACACCAGGAUCUUUCUCAGAAAAUCGCAGACCGACUCGGUCUAGAGUUGGGAAAGGUCGUCACGAAGAAAUUCAGCAAUCAAGAAACAUGUGUGGAGAUCGGCGAGAGUGUGCGAGGAGAGGACGUGUAUAUCGUGCAGAGCGGCUGUGGUGAGAUCAACGACAACCUGAUGGAGCUGUUAAUCAUGAUCAACGCCUGCAAGAUCGCCUCCGCCUCCCGAGUCAGCGCAGUCAUCCCCUGCUUCCCCUACGCCCGGCAGGAUAAGAAGGACAAGGUGGGGAGCCGAGCUCCCAUCUCCGCCAAGCUGGUAGCCAACAUGUUGUCGGUGGCCGGAGCAGACCACAUCAUCACCAUGGACCUGCAUGCCUCUCAGAUACAGGGCUUCUUCGACAUCCCCGUGGACAACCUGUACGCGGAACCUGCCGUACUCAAGUGGAUCAGAGAGAACAUUCCGGAAUGGAAGAAUUGCACCAUUGUGUCCCCCGACGCUGGAGGUGCUAAAAGGGUCACGUCCAUCGCGGACCGACUGAAUGUGGACUUCGCCCUCAUCCAUAAGGAGAGGAAGAAGGCUAACGAGGUGGACCGCAUGGUCCUCGUCGGAGACGUCAAAGACCGCGUGGCCAUCUUAGUCGACGAUAUGGCUGACACCUGCGGCACCGUCUGCCACGCUGCUGACAAACUGAUUUCAGCUGGUGCCACUAAAGUCUACGCAAUUUUGACCCACGGCAUCUUCUCUGGUCCGGCCAUUUCGCGCAUCAACAACGCUGCCUUUGAAGCCGUCGUUGUGACAAACACCAUUCCACAGGAGGAGAAGAUGAAGCACUGUUCGAAAAUUCAGGUCAUCGAUAUCUCCAUGAUCCUCGCUGAAGCCAUCAGGAGGACUCACAAUGGCGAAUCUGUCUCUUACCUCUUCAGCCAUGUCCCCUUGUAAUCCCUGGUUUCCUCUACCCCUCACCUGCCCCAACACACACACACACACACACACACACACACACACACACACACACACACACACACAAACAAGCCUACGCUUUACCAUUUCCCUGGAAGUUCUCUCUCUCCCUCCAAAUUGGAGCUGUCUUAGGCUGAUCUGUCAUCUUUUCCUCUCCUGAGUUCUGAAGAUGGCUGCCUCUAUCAGUCAGUCAGACAGACAGACAGAGAGGCAUCCCCAUCCCCCUAGUGACUGUAUCCGUGAAACUAUUUCCAAACGAAACCUUUUUGGUAAGAAUGAUCAUAUCCAAGAAACUCCACAUGAAACUGUUACAAACUCAAGGUACCCAAGAGUUAAAGAAAAAUAAUUCGGCCAUUUAGUGAUGGUGAUGAAUAUGUUACACUUUUAUUUAUUGGGUCCUCAUUUUUAUCUGUAGCUUUGAUAAUCAAGUCAAAAUGGUCAAAAAUAUGAAAGUCAUCAACAAAUUGAUAAAGGCCAUUAGGGACCUGUAGUUAACACCACCCAAAUGCCUGAUGGAGGAAUGUGAAAGAAACAUUUUUUUAUUUUUUUUGUUCAUUUUUUUUUUUUUCACAAGAUAUGAGCUUGUCCUGAGGGCAAGAGCUUCCUGGAGAAGAGUGGAUGUGCUGUUUUUAUUUUUAUUGCUUUUUUGUAAAGAGAUGACAUUUGUAUGGACACUGGACCGUAGUUUUAGUCACAACAGUUCCUCAAAAUGGUUCAUUGGUUCCUCAAAAUGGUUCAUUUAUGCUUUUUUGUAUGUGGCUGGUUUUUCUUCUUUGGGGGGGUUGAACACUCCAUUAUGGAUUGAUAACUUUGUUCUUAUUAAAGAUUCUGAUGAAAACAUCAA